AUGAAUAUUCCAGAUGAUGAGAUUGGACAUGAAGUGGAGGAGGACCAAACACCUACACCUAUUGUUGAUAUAAGGGGCAGUUCUCAGUUAAAACAAUUGAACAAUCUUCAAGAUGAUGAGACAAGUUUUUACAUAGGAAUGACAUUCAAGAACAAACACGAACUAGUCACUUCAUUGCAUAUUGCUUGCUUGAAAAAAGAUUUCAGACUUGCAAAGGUGACUAAUUCGCGUAGUGUGUAUUGUUUUAAAUGCGCACAUUCAGAGUGCAAGUGGUGGUUGAGGGCUGUGAAAUUCAAAAGUUCUGACAGAUUUUGUAUUAAAAUUUAUAAAAAGUAUCACACAUGUGGUUCAGAGCAUAUUACGAGUCAUAAUCCACAUGCCACAGCAAAAGUCCUUGGUAAAUACUUCAAAAAUAGCUUUCCUAAUGGUAAAGGUCCAUCUACAAGAGAUAUGACCAAUCAACUCCAUACAGAAUUGGGUUGUAAAGUGAGUUAUUGGAAGAUAUAUAAGGGUAGGGAGAUUGCAAAGUCUUUGGUUAGGGGAACACAUGAGCACGGGUAUGGAGUGCUUGAUGCAUACCGCUAUAUGCUUGAGUCCGCAAAUCCAGGAAGUAAGACGGCAUUGCAGGUUGAUGAAAAUGGAAAGUUCAAGUACUUUUUUGUAGCCUAUGCGGCUUGGAUUCAAGGUUUUCAACAAUUGAGAAAAGUCAUAGCCGUUGAUGGGACAUUCUUGAAGAGCAAGUAUGAAAGAGUUUUACUAUCGGCGGUGGCGCAAGAUGCAGAGAAUCAUAUUUUUCCGGUGGCUUUUUGUGUAGUGGAUAAAGAAUGUGAUGCCUCAUAUCAAUAUUUUUUUGAACAAAUGAGAAGUUAUGUAGAUGAUACCGAUGAGCUGUGCAUAAUUUCUGAUAGGCAUUCAAGUAUUCGAAAGAUGGUUUCAAUUGUGUAUCCAUUAGCUCAUUAUGGUUGUUGCAUGAGGCACCUUGGAGAAAAUAUUCGAAACAAUUUUCACAAUGCAAAGGUCGUAUCUCAUUUUUAUAAUGCAGCGAAAGCGUACAAUAAAGUUGAGUUUUAUGACCAUUUCAAUCAGAUAAGGGAUAUGGUACCCAAGGCAGCCGAACAUCUCGAAUCAAUUGGAUUUCAUAGAUAG